UAUCAGCUGAUCAAGAUGUUGCUGAUUCAACCGUCAGAGGAGAUGUCGAAACAGAUUCGCGUGGAGCUGAAUGAGGAUGUAACGACACGCGACAAGGAUGUUGAAAUUAUCAAAGAAUGGCUCGCCAAGCAACCACAUUUGCCUAAAUUCGAGGAUGAUCACAGAAUAAUGACGUUCCUUCGUGGCAGCAAGUUCUCCUUGGAAAAGUGCAAGAGGAAGCUGGACAUGUAUUUCACGAUGAGAGCGGCGAUACCCGAGUUUUUCUCGAAUCGUGACGUUACCAGACCGGAAAUGAGAGGAAUCACCAAAAUUGUCCAGAUACCACCGCUACCCGGUCUCACAAAGAACGGUCGACGAGUGAUCGUUAUGCGAGGAUUGGACAAGGACCACCCGACCCCUAACGUGGCGGAGGCGAUGAAGCUGGUCCUAAUGAUCGGUGACAUCCGUUUGAAGGAGGAAGCGGUCGGUGUCGCGGGCGACGUUUACAUUUUGGACGCGAGUGUCGCAACACCCUCGCAUUUCGCCAAGUUCACGCCCGCGAUCGUGAAGAAGUUCCUGGUCUGCGUGCAGGAGGCGUAUCCAGUGAAGCUGAAGGAGGUGCACGUGGUGAACGUCAGCCCGCUCGUGGACACGAUCGUGAAUUUCGUAAAACCGUUCCUCAAGGAGAAGAUAAGGAACAGAAUAUUCAUGCACAGCGACAUGAAGACGUUGUACGAGUACAUCCCUAAGGAAAUACUGCCGAGCGAGUAUGGCGGCGAUGCCGGACCUAUUCAAGCUAUACAUGACAUCUGGAUGCAGAAGCUCGAAGAGUACGGACCGUGGUUCAAAGAACAGGAAUCUGUGAGAACGAACGAAGCCCUCCGACCUGGAAAGCCAAAAACUCACGACGAUCUGUUCGGUCUCGACGGAUCGUUCCGACAAUUGGCUAUCGAUUAAAAAAUUAGCAGAUCGACGAGGCGGUGUAAUUUUAAGCAAAUUCUCAUCUCGAUGCUAACGCGCGGCGAAAAUUUAAUCGCAAUGAAAACACGAAGCAUCGAGAACUUCUAAAUCCCUGAAUUCGAUCACGAGAAAUGUAACAUUUUUAAUAUCAGGUAUACGAAUAAGUAACCAACUGUUUC